GGUCCCCCACUGACAGUUAAACCAGCUUUUACCUGACCAGAAAGAAGACUUCCCCCACCAAACACACUGCAGUGUACAUCAGAAUAUAAAUGACAAAGCACACCACUCAACACACUUUGAAACACUGGUGAAAUGAGCAGGAUUUCUUCACAACAGUGCAGGGGAAAGCAAUUUUAAUUGGGAUUGUAAACUUCUCAAACUGCAGCCCUGAUUUAUGUAUUGAGGGCUCCUGUAACUUUUACAUCUUCUUAAAAACUUUUGAAAAACUUUGCUACCAGAUGCCCAUGGCUGCCCAUCAAAACAUAUUCCCUUAUGGUUUGCAAAACAAAACUAAAACACAACAUCAUAAUUUUAAAACAUUUAAAAAUGUGCUAACACAGCAUAAAAAAUUGGAGGAAAAUGCGAUCCGUUAGGAAUUUACCAAAUGCCGCUUAUACCAUUAGAGCUCAGAUCUUAUGUUGUUUUAAAAUUCAAAUUGUUUUUAAAGGCAUGGAUGGAUAAAAGCAAAUUUCUCCCCUUGUGCCAAAAAGGCCACAAACCUGAUGGUAAGCAGCUCUCUCUGGGGAGGCCCUUUUGGAGCAGAGGUGCCACCACCAGAAAGGCCCUCUCCCUAGAAGCUGCCCCCUCCUGUAGCCUGGCAGGGCCGAUGAGGUAGGGCCUCUGGCUCUGAAGAGAGGAACUUAAGGUUUGAGUGCGUGUGCAUUUGGGAGAAGACAACCUUUCAAUUUACCUGGUCCUCCCAAGCCAUUAAAGACUUGAGUGUGGCCUUUGUGCUGCUGCUGCUUUUUGGGGGGUGGGGGUUGGGGCAUGGAAGGUGAACCAAAAGCUGGGAUCUCAUGCAAUCCUCUCAGGUGAUGGCAUCUGCGUUCUUCUCUUUCUUCAACCUUUCAGCCCCACCUUGGCCUGCCGUUUCAUCCCAACCAGACACAUGGAGGUAAGCAGUCCCUGAACAAUUUGCGAGCUGCUUACUGAGCAUCCGUCCAUCCAGGCAUCCCCAACACUACACACUUCUGUUUUGAGCAAAGAAUUAGCUUGUUUCUGGGAGUGAGCACAUGUGCUUGAAGCCUUGCCCUCUAGUACAGUGGUACCUCGGUUUUCAAACAACUCCGUUGAUUAACAUUUCGGUUUUCGAACACCACAAACCUGGAAGUAAAUCCUUCCGUUUUCGAACACGCCUCAGAAGUUGAACAUGCCACACAGCUUCUGCUGAGUGCAAGAUCCUGAGGCCUAGAUGUUGGCUAUUGAGUUUUUGGUUUUCAAACGUUUCAGAACUCUGGAAUGGAUUAUGUUCGGAAACAGAGGUACCACUGUAUGUCUGCACACAAGCAAAUGUAUUUUGCGUGGGGGGGAACAUCAGCACAUCAGUCACCGCUGGUUUGUAAAGCUGUAUGGGUACAAUGACCACUCCCCACAUCAAAUGGGGGGGGUGCCUUUUGUGUGGUCGGGUGCAGCCCCCCACAUCCCAGUGUGGCUCCCGGUAGUACGGGCUGGCUUCGCCCUCCCCAGGCUGGAUACCUGGAGGUCUCUGCCUACCUCAGCCAAUCGCCCAAUCCUGCCUGGGGAGGCAUUGCCAGGGGAUCAACCAGGUAGGGGGAGGGACCGCUCUGCCCACACAACAGAAGGUGAAUCUUACCUGCGAAGCGUCAGUUGGCUCCAGAGCUUCUCCCACCCUGCCCUCCCUCAGUUAAGCCUUAUUUUGCAGUUUAACCUCUUCUCCACAGUUAUGUGGGCGCUGCUAUGUCAUGGUCACUGUUGAAGGGCCGGAAAGGAAUUUUCCUGCAUUGGCAGGUUUUGCCUAAAAUGCCACAACUUUGGCGGUUUUAGGCCUUGGGUGGAAUCCUUUAGUCUAUUUUCCUAAAUGGGGUGUGUGUGUGUGUGUGUGUGUGUGUGAGAGAGAGAGAGAGAGAGAGAGAGAGAGAGAGAGAGAAGCGGUGACCCACACCCCCCUUGCGGCGGUGAUCCCAGGGUUCCCCAUUAAAGGGGUUUUGAGGGGAGGCAUUGGCCAUACGCCAAGAGGUUGUCAUUGCUCUCCCCUGUGAUGGCGGGGGGGGGGGGGCUCUCUGCUUGAACAUAUGUUCUCCAGAGCCAGCCCAAUCCCCACAUAUUCUGGAUAACCCUGAUAUCUCCCAGAUCCCCGGCUGAGGACUGGGAAGGAUAAAUGCCCAAUGCCUGAGCCAAGGUCUCCCUACAUCUGAAACUUAAUAAAGUUGUGGCCAAUUUUAAUCCCAUAACACAAUGUCUUGAGUUAUUAUUCCGCUCGGGGGUCGCCUGGGGUUGGGGGGACUUCGCCUGUCCACGCAAUAUUCCCCACUGCCCACAAUGAUCCUGUAGUUUCUUGAAAAAUGUUGCUGUGUGUGAGAGAGUGUGAGUGUGUUCCUCCCAACCAGCUCUGAUCUGGUUUGAAAACAUAAACCGUGUAAAGACAUCCAUGCCCCACCCCCCAGUGGGGACAGACAGUGGGCAACUUCAAAACGCAUCCAACUGUACUGAUGUUUACAUCAAUGUACAAAUGCGAUUUGGAAUGCAGUAUGGGAGGGGUUAGCGCCCUUGUUAUGCUGUAAGCUGGUAACUAUUCACCCAGUAUAAAAAAUGCUGCAUAAAAACCCAUAAAGAAGCAAAGCAAUAAACAGCAAAAGAGUAAGGCAGAAUUCUAGCUCAGAGGUCCUCCAAAAUGCUUGGGCAAAUAAGAGUCUGUCUCUGAACCUUUCCCAGUGCACCACUUAUUAUUAUUAUUAUUAUUAUUAUUACUACCCCACCCAUCUGACCUGGUUUCCCCCAGCCACUCUGGGGGGCUCCCAACAGAAUAUUAAAAACAUGAUAAAACAUCAAACAUAAAAAAGUUUCUAAUAUCUUUCACACAGGGUAGUUGAUAAGAGAAAAUUUAAAAAACCCUACAUUUAGAUGCAAAAGCAUCACUUGCCUUCAGCUUCAGAGAAUAUCUCCAGUUGGCAUUCUUCCAGCACCUAUGGAUUCCUCGUCAAAGUGGGGGUGAUGGCUGGAAUAAGAAAAGCAUGUUGGGAGCAUCAUCUUGGUCCCCUUGUCAUUCCAUGGCUGCUUUCGUACCUGUAUUUAACCCCUUUCCCUCUUUGUUCACAGGCACAGCAGAUGCCCCCCAUGCAGUCUUUCCUAUCCAGCACCGUCAUACAAAGUUGAAAGGGAUAAUGGUGAGUUGUGAAGGAAAUGGUGUGGUGUGUGUUUUGCAAGGUUUAGGAAGUGGAGGGGUUGGGGGGCUUCUUUCCUACCAAAGCCUUUAAAGGGCAAUGGGAGGCUGAGGUCUGGGAAUCUAGCCAUUGGGAUGAAUAGCCUUUUGAAGGUCUACUUCUAUGAAAUAGAAACGGGGGGAUGAGGGGCAAAUGGUCUUGGUCUGGGAAGCUGCAGGCACUCAGCAGGCUUAAUCAGUGCCCUCCUUUUCUCUUUGUGGCAUGUCCCCGUCUCAGAAAGCAUUCCCAGUUAUGAAAACCAAGGCGAAGGUGAGUAGGAAUUAUUGGUUUUAAUGCCAUUUGCUGGAACAUACAGCUUGGCUCACUUGCAUGAGUCAUCUACUUGCUCUGCAGUUUUGCAGUGCUCUUGGACUUGACUGUGCCUCACUGUGACUGGAUUCUGAAGGCUGGUUUUGGCUCAGUAUGGGGUGGAGGUUCCCAGUAUAUGUGAAUGUAAGCUCAUAUGCAUAUCAUAAUUCUGCUAAUGGUCUCUGUGCUUCCAGUACAAGCUGGUGCCACUGAUGAUGAGGAUAAUGAUGACAACUAUGUCCCUCCGUACAUGUAAGUCUUUUUUGGGGGGUCAGAGGUCAAACCUUAUAAUGGAUUUUAGCUGGAUCAUUCAUAGAAACCUGUUGGCACACUAUGUGCUCUGCAUCUAUAAAGUCCCCAGCAUCUCUGCUUAAUGGAUUAUAUGCCACCUUUCUUCCGCUUGCUCCAUCAGUGUUGUUCACUGCUUAAAGCAGGGAUAGGGAAUGUGUGGUUGUUGGACCGCAGCUCCCAUCAGCCCCAGCCAGCACAGCCAAAGGCCAAGGAUGAUGGGAGUUGUAGUCCAGCCAAAUCUGGAUCCUCUCCAGACUGUGCAGAACAGAUUCCAUUUUCUAAAUCUGCAUAUUGCAUACUGGCAAAUUUACAUUUGCACAACUACCGCGGACCAAAGCACUCUGCUGCUUUUGCACAACAAAUCCACUUUGAAAAAAAUUGCACAUUUUGGAGUCGGGAAAGUGGUGGGAAAAUAUGAAAUAUUAUAUGAAAAAUAUUAAACCACCAGCAGUUAAUAUGUUAUAAAUGGAUGUCAACACACAAACAAAAAAAAUCUAAAACAUCUAAAAACACCUUUAAAAUGCAAUUCCAGUACAGAGCUGCCUUGGCACUAGGAUUAGCUGCGCAAGGCAGUAUCCAAAUGAAAAUAUAUACCGUAAGCAGUGUUGGCCCUUGACCUCAGAAAACUGCUGCCAGUCCAAGCAGGCAAUGCUGCAUGAGAUGGAUUGGUGGGUUUCAUUCAGCAUGAGUCAACUGCUUAUUUCUCGAAUCAGUGCAGCACCAAAGCUUCUUUUCCCUUCUCUUCCACAGUGACGUGCUGCCAGAUGCGCCACUUACAGAUCAAGGCAAUGAAGACGGUGCUUCCACAGGUGAGUUGGCAGCAGGUGGGAUGGACUGACUCCCUCCUGGCAUCGGGGCUGGGGUUCUCUUGGAGGGUGUUGUGGCAACCCAUCUGUCUACAACCUCUUAAAAUUCAGGGUCAUCUAAAUGUAGCAUUUAUCUCUCUCCCACCUUACAGCCAAGGAACUCAGAGGUGCUGUAAAUGGCUGCUCCCCUCUCCCAUUCAAUCCUCACAGCAACCCUGCAGAGUAGGUUAGGCUAAGAGACAGUACCUGGUCCAAGAUCACCCAAUAAGCCUCUUGGCUGAGUGGAGAUUGAACCCUGGUCUGCCAGGUCCUGCUGCAACACCCUAACUCAGUGAUGGCCAAACUUGGCCCUCCAGCUGUGUUGGGACUACAACUCCCACCAUCCCUAGCUAACAGGACCAGUAGUCAGGGAUGAUGGGAACUGUAGUCUCAAAACAGCUGGAGGGCCAAGUUUGGCCAUCACUGCUGCAUCACAGUGAUUCUAAAUGAGAAAGGAACUUGGGACACAGUUGGGAAAGGGCAGUGUUUGAAGUGCUUCCGGUUUUUCCUUUUCAGAUUCCCUAGGGGAGCAGUAUGAGAAUGUGCUCGAGUGUGAGCGGAAUUCGCCUGGUGAGUGUGGAAAGUAGAUCUAUGGGGCCCGGGUAGUCAGGAAUGAGGGCAUAGGAUUGCAUUGAAAAUGGAGAUGGGUUUGUACAUGCCAUGCUGGGCACAGCUGGACGUAUCAUUAGGCAGAAUCAGGGCCAGGCAGAAUCGGGUGGGUGGAAGGUUAAUUUUUGGUGUCCCAGAGCAUUCAGUGGCGCUUACUCCCUAGUAAGGGCAUUUAGGGUUGCAGGCAGAAGCAACUAACGGAAAGAUCCAGCCAAUGCUGACCCCAGUUUUGCACUAGUUGCCGGAGACUUAUAUUAAAAAAACUUUGCUAUGAGCAGCCUUGCUUCCAAUAUUUUUAAAAACCGUAUAAUAAUUUGCAUAGCUCCUGCAAAGCAGUAUACCACCUUGGCAAAAAUAAAAAAAAUUCUAUGUGCUGCAGGUUUCAUUGUGCUGAGCAGAUGGCCCACAUAAGCUACUGUUUAUGUGUCCAUCCCAGAGGCUGAGUCAAGGAGCUUUGUGGUUGUGGAAGGGGACUUGAAACUGGGUCUUCUUGAGUUAAACCAGCUCCUUCGUGCUGUCUCUGCUGUGACUGAGCAAGCAAGAGGCACUGCUGAGGUGGGUGCAGUGCAGGGUGGUCCGUCAGGACAAACAGGACAUUUCCCCACCAAGCUCAGUCUGUCCUCAGCCCAACCCCUUUGGACGACCUCCUUCCUUACAAGCGGUCCAAGAGGUAGUGCCAUCUGCUGGACUCUUCUGCCUUAAUUUCAGGGUUGCCUUUGUCAAACUCGGCAGGAAGGAAGGGUGUGGAGAAAACUAGAAUGAGUUGGCUCCACCCAUCACUGGGUCUAGCUCCCCCUACUGUUGACCUCCCUGCCUUCUGCCCACACAGUCCCAGUGGACACCAGUCUCUCCACUGGAUGUACCUCAGAACCUUCAUUAAAUCUUCCAUUUUCUCUCGCCGUCAAAGGUGACUAUGUCAACGUACUAGAACCAGAAGCUACUAUCAUGGGUCCUUGUUUUGGUGAGUAGAAAAAGCCUGCUGUGUGGGCCUGCUAGGAAGUUCUCAUUUAAUUUCCCUAUAGUCCCUCAUUAUCCAUUUCUCUGGCUAAUUGCCUGAGGGCUACGGGUGGGGCCCUAUAUCUCCCUGCCAUAAUUUUAAGUCCUUUUUCAUUUUCCUGUAGUUGGCAGUGGCACCAGUGAUCGGGAAAGUGAAGAUGACACUCCAGACUAUGAGAAUGUCUGUCCUGGGCUUUGAGGUAUCUGGAUUAUGGUGUCUGGGGCACGGGACGGAUGUAGGGUGUGUGUAUGGAUGUGGCUUCAUAUAUAUGAUAGAGGGCAACCCUAGAACCUGCAUGCCAGCAAUUACCUUUGAGCAUUUGUAGACUCUUAACCAACAUCUCUUUCUCCCUAGGUUAAAAGGUUCAUUUGCCGGUUGCUCCAGUCACCUAUAUGCAGGAUGCAUUACCUGGUUGGCCUAAGGACACUGUCUUCCCAGUCACCCUCAAAUAUUGCCAUAACUUAUUGCCCUCCUUUGCACUUUGCCUGACACAUCCUGAGAAUUUUCCACAAUACUAUAGAAUCUUGGUAGCAAGAUUCGGAAGCUUGACUGUCCAUGUGGAACUGGUCUUCUAACACUCCCCACCUCCCCAGCCCGCAAAGCAUUCUGGGUUGUUUUAUGUCUCUUG